UCCAUCUGUUCAAUGGAUCGUCCUUACCCUUGUCUGUGUGGGGAUUUGUCUGUGUGGACUUGUGGGGAAUGGCACAGUCCUGUGGUUCCUGGGUUGCAAGAUGAAGCAGAACCCUUUCACCGUCUACAUCCUAAACCUGGCUGCUGCUGACUUCUCUCUGCUCCUCCUUUUUACUCUGCUCGCAUUGACAGUCUGGAUAUUCAAAGAGUUAUGUUUCUAUGACGUAAAAAAUAUUAUUUCACACGUUUUUUUGGCAUUUGCAUUUCUCUGCCACUUCUUUGACCUCAGCAGCUUGGGUCUCCUGACAGCCAUCAGCGUGGAGCGCUGCAUCUCUGUCCUCUUCCCCCUCUGGUACCGCUGCCAGCGCCCCAAGCACUCGGCGGGCAUCACGUGUGGGGUGCUCUGGGUGCUCGCUGGGCUCUUGAUUUCCCUCACAUAUCUUAGCAUCAACUUUGCUCCCAGCAGCAUGCCAGCGUGUGCUGGUGCAGUCGUUGCCUUUUCCUUGAUCAUGGCAUUGAUGGGGUUCAUCUCCAACCUGGUCCUGUUCAUCAGGCUGCGAUGGGGCUCCCAGAGGAGACACCCGGGGAGACUCUACAUCGCUGUGCUGCUCAACGUGAUCGUCUUCUUUGCCUUUGGGGUUCCUUUCAAUGUGGAGGCUUUCCUCAACCUUACGACUUC